GUUCAUGAUUUGCCUUAAGGUUAUGUUCCAAUAUCUACAAAUUCGACUAAUAAAUAUAAAAAAAUACAAUAAACUAAGUCAAAAUUCAUUAAAAUAACUAAUAACUCCACAUUAAAAUCAUUAAUAUGGUAAAAGGCAAAAUUUUACAGAAAAGUAUCGAAAUGUAAAAAGUGAUUGUGACUCAUUUUCGUUCGAGGUUUUAAUCUCAACACCAGUUUGCCCCAUUCAGUAUUUAUUUAGAAAUGUCACCACCCAAUGCUUUUCCAACAUCUACAAAAGAAGCCACUGAUACAUUAAUUGCAAGAGCAAGUAGUGAUCCAACAAAACCUUGCCGAGCGUGCACUGAUUUUAAAACAUGGGCGAAAAUGCAAUCACAAACUGCGAAAUCAAAAUCUCCGCAGACCAUCUCGGGCGAAAAUUCCGUUCAAAAUACGAUGGCAACUGCAAUGAGCGGUGAUAAUGGUGAUCAACGAAGAACAGAUUGUCCUGUGGAUAAAGAUGAAUUGGGAAACGCUACCUGGUCAUUUUUACAUACUAUGGCUGCUUAUUAUCCAGAUAAACCAACGAUAGAUGAAAAAAAGCAAAUGACACAAUUUAUAUCAUUAUUUGCUAAUUUCUAUCCAUGUGCAUCUUGUGCGUCACAUUUUAGAGAUCAAAUAAUAAAAGAACCUCCUAAAGUUGAAAACCAAGAAACAUUAUCACAAUGGUUUUGUCGAAUGCACAAUAAUGUAAAUAUACGUAUUCAUAAACCUGUAUUUGAUUGUAAACUAGUAAAUCAAAGAUGGCGAGAUGGUUGGUUAGAUGGAUCCUGUGAUUGAAUCACUUAGAAUUUUGAAUUAAUUUUCUUUUAUUUUGUGAUUUAUUAGUUUAAUUUAUAAAAAUAGUAUUACUACACACGUUAUACAUAUAAACAAUUAUUCAGAGAUAUAUAUGAUAAACAAAAACACAAAAAACCUGGCUGUUGUUUUAAAACCAGUUUAAAGCAUUAUUUUAUUCUUAAACACAAUCAUUUUUUUAAGAACAAAAUAAUUUUAUGUAAUACUUUCACUUCAUCGAAACAUUUCAAGAUUGGAAUAAUGUAUUUGUUAUCAUGUUGAAACAUUAUUCGUCAAUUUUGUAUUAAAUUCCAUAGACGUAAUAUUUGUACUUAUUUAUUCGUCU